AUGGUGCCGCAAAAGACGUAUCGGCCCCACACUCAGAGCGAUCGCCGCCGCUAUGUGGAGGACGUUGAACUCGAGGCACCCAUUAUGUUCUAUCUGUUGAGUCCGGACGAAUGUGGUGUGCCUCUCCGAGAAGCCUUAAACGGCCGAUUCAUGAGGCUUUCCGGUCGCGAUGACCUGAUGUUUGAGAACCGCGGACCGUCCGUUUCUAUCAGGCUAAUGUGGCCUGGCUAUGCUCCCUGGAGCCGACAGAUUCCGACGCGUGAUUUCCGGAGCCCUCCAGGCCCCAUUACCCGCUCGAAACUGGCGAAGAAUGUGGCGAAGACCAUUCAACGCUUCAUCGAGGAGGUGCAGGAUCGUCCCCUCGAGGAAGACGCUGACACUCGUUGGCGAGUAGGCGCACGCCGAAUAAUCGUGGAUGAUCUCAUCCUUGUCGGGCUUCAGCAUGUGUCCAUGGGCAGUUGGCAGGCUCACCUUCGCCUCCGCCGUCACCUG